UACGACUAAGUCUUUGUAGGUUCUUCUCGGGUUUUACAGUUUUGUUUUGUUUAUUUAUUGUCAAAAUUGACUUUUCUUUUAAUAUUUUGUUUGGAAAUUAGAUUUAAAUUAUGAAUUAAUUUUAGUAAUGAAUUGAUUUAAUAGAUAGUGUUUAGGAUGAAUGACAAAAUUUACCAAAAAAUGUUACUUCGACGUAGGUUUUGUAAGCGCGUAUUUUUAAUGGUUACCGCAUUUGGACUGUUUUUCUAUGCUUCCGUUCUGUUGUUUGGUGAUCUCAAAACCCCAAGAAUAAUGCAUUUAACUGAGUUAGAGACAUGUCCGGCCUGUUAUGGAAUAUCUGUAUGUCCUGAACUAUAUUCAAAUCAAAUCAUACUAGAAUCAAGUCACAGAUGGAUGGGAAUUUUCAACGCGAAAAAUAUUUAUUAUGGCUUCACAAAAUCUAACCGCAGGGUGGUUCUGAAGAAGUUAUCGCAUGACUGGGAGCUGAAAGAGUUUGACUCGAAGAUCUGCAAGGAGUGGCACUUGAAACAUAAUUGUAAACCAAUACAUUUACUGAAUGCUUCCAACAUGAAUGAAAAAAUUAUAGAAUUAGUUCAAUACAAUCUGAGUUUCCCAGAUAUGGAGCCACGGAAAGGUCUGGUCUUAUGUCCGUAUGCAUACAGUAUUUAUGACCUGGUGCAGCCUGUAUUGAACAAUAAGAAGUCCAAUUACAGAUCUGAUAUGAUAAACCUUUGGACAAUGCUGAGUAUUAAUCCGGAGCCUGUUAUUUUACAAAUUAUACCAAAAUCACAUGGUUGGCCAGUACCAGCAUAUGGUGGGGUCUGUGGCCGCAUUGAAGUGGUGGCGUAUGAAGGAGAAUCUCUCUCAUCUUUGCUGCAUGUAGCUUGGCAUCGCAAGUUGAAAUAUGCGAAGAAAAUAUUAGAUGCAGCUAUGGAUUUCACAUUUAAACAUGACAGAUUCCGUUUUUACUUCAUGGACUGGUCAUUGGACAAUAUAGUGGCCAAUGAAAAAGAUGAAAUCACAUUUAUUGAUUUGGAAGACGUUAUUGUCCUGGACAAGCAUAUUUCACCAGGCAAAGACCUACCUGACUGGUACCGGCGUUACACUCGAGAUAUAAUCGGCUCUGGUUUUACUUUUUCUGUAGAAAACAUGUGCAUCCACCAUCUAAGUGAUCAUAAUCUGUGGGCAGCGUGUUAUUUACUGGCAGGCGAUGAUAGUCCUUUAUUGUAUCCUAUACCGAAAGAGGUGCAUACCUUAAGACCUCAUUUCCAUCGGUUACUAGAGGAAUGUUUGCAUGGGGAUGAUAGAUUCCGUACAGUAACAAAACUGCAGCAUGUCAUUACAGAUAUGCUCAUGGAUGAAAAAAUUGUCGGUUUUGGUGUUAUCAGAUGAUAAAUAUUUCAUUCUAUAUAAUUUAAUAUAUUUUGUGUUAAAUUUUAAAUAAGUUGUAAUAAUUGUGAUAUUUAAUAGGUAAUAUUAAAUUAAA